AUGAGACUCCAUGUGCUUCUUUCCACUCUCCUCUUUUUGACUCUCUUGGCCCCAGUAAGAAGUGGUUUGGCUUCUGCUGAGAACCACUGUCUCAAUUUGUCUGGCAUUUGCAGAAGAGACAUCUGCAAAAGGACGGAAGACACGAUUGGUGCCUGCAAAAGAAGGUGGAAAUGCUGUAGAACAUGGUGGACUCUUAUUCCAAUUCCAACACCAGCUGUCUACUCAGAAUAUCAAGAACCCCUUAAGCCUAAAUUGAAAUGA